GAGGUUGUGCAGGUUUAGAGGGUAUUCCUUUUUGCUUAAGAUCACAUUGUUACUCUUCUGAGAAACCAUGUCUUCUGCACAAGGCUGGACUUGUCCCACAGUGAAACUUUCAAAUGGGGUACAAAUGCCAAUACUUGGAAUAGGCACAUCCCAAGUUGGAGGAUUCUCUCAAGAUGCUGUUCUGUAUGCACUCCGUGAUUGUGGCAUACGCCUCAUUGACACGUCAAAGUAUAAUGGCUUUGAGGUACACCUGUCUGAAGCUAUCAGAGAUAGUGGGGUACCCCGAAGUGACCUGUGGAUCACCAAUAAACUCUGGCCAGAGGACUAUGGAUAUGAAACUGCCAAAAAGGCCUUUCAGAAAUCCUGCUCCCAGAUGGGGGUGGAAUAUCUUGACAUCUACAUGUUGCACUGGCCCGACUCGAUGCACCCUGGUCGCUCCAACAGAGAACUGAGAGCUGAGGCCUGGAGAGCUUUGGAAGAACUUCAUGAAGAGGGGUUGUGUCGUACUAUUGGGGUUAGCAACUUUAUGAUUCACCACCUGGAACAGUUAAAGCAGGACUGUACUGUGGUGCCACAUGUUAAUCAAGUGGAGUACCAUCCAUUCCAGCAGCCCAAUAAGCUAAUCGAGUACUGCCGUCAGGAGGGCAUUGCGUUUCAGGGGUACUGCCCUCUGGCCAAGGGUCAAGCCCUUAGCAACCCCACUAUUAUCCAGCUAGCACAGAAGUAUGGACGUUCACCUGCUCAGAUCUGCAUCCGCUGGAGUAUUCAGAAUGGAGCCAUUACAAUACCAAAGUCAACCAAAAGGGAGCGUGUAGUAGAAAACUGUCAGGUGUUUGAUUUCCAGCUGAAGGAGGAAGACAUGGAGGCUAUAAACAAUUUGCAUGAUGGGAGACAUGUGUCCUGGGAUCCAACAAAUGUGGAGUAACACGAGGCAUAUUUGCUGCAGAAAUAAUUCACUAAUGCCUGCAUAUUAAUCACUCUUUUCUCACUGAAAGACAAAAGACAAAACAUUACCUUUAGUUUUUACAAUGUUUUCAGUAUCUCUUACUAAAAUGUUCAUCAUGAUGAAGUUGUCAUAUAUGGGGCACUCUGUUUGUCUGGCAGCUUUAAACAAAGAAUGUAUGGAGUUCCUCACUUUUAUUUUGAAAUAAAAUAACUGUUACUCAAAUGA